AUGUUAGGAUCAAACAACGGAGACUCGGGGCCAUAUGCGUUGUGCAUCCGUACGAACCCGGCCACACUCUACUACGGAUACUUCGACUUUCCCAUCUCUUCUCGAGACCCGUGGAACUUCAGGAAGAGCACAACAAACCAGGCUCUUGAAUCGCCGCAGAUCGACAAACAGGCCGUGGUCCCCACUCACUGUAUCAACCAUCGCCUAUUCAUUCUCUCUCGUGAGAGGUCCAACGUCGUGGGAAGAGUUUUUUCUUCUUCUCUGCCUCAUUUCCAGGCUCUGGCUCCGCAACCGAAUUACGAGAAAUGUGACAAUUCGCUAUCCCCAGCCCUCUUCCCCUACAAGGUCACUUGGCCCAUCUUCGCCCCACCCGCCGAAGCAUCCAUCUACGGCACCGGGGGGACACGGGGCCACGACCCGGAGUGCCCACGGCGACAGUUUCAACGCCUGACGGAUGGCCCACCGUCAGCGCGACCUUUGCGUAUUCUUACGAGUAUCGUCUCCAAGUCCACCAAACCCCUCUCGCUGGACUUUGAGUGUGGCGAGUGCAACCGCGAAGCCCAACUUGUGCGUUACGUCCCAAGUGUCGGCCUGGCAGAUCAGUCCGUACAGCAUGCCCGCAACGAAGGUGUCCCCCGCCCCUACCGAGCUGUCCCCCCCCCAAACUUAUUAGUAUCGCGCGCCAAGAAGAGGGUUGAGUAUUGA